AUUUAUAUGGCAUUAGGUGCGAGCUCUGUGGAUAUGGAUCGCUACGCUCGCAAGAUCGAAAACGUCGAGUACGCCCUCAACAAUACACUGCCGACUUCCUACGGGCUUGCCUACCGGCGGUGGCUUCUGGAGUACUGGACUGUACAUGGCGUAAACACCCGCCUGCCGGUCGAAAUCACCCACAUGAUUAUGGAAUACCUCUCCAACAGCUACAUCAGAAGAAUCGAAAAUCAUGUGCUGCAUGAGCUUGGGUACUAGAGUCGGGUUGGUGAUGAGUUUCAGGGAACUGGAUGUAAGAGGAUUCUUUGGAUUGGCGUGCUGGCUUCCUGUUUGACGCUCAAAGCAUGGGGUGUCCUUUUCCUGUGUUGUACGCUCCUUCUGGUUGAUGUUGAGAUCAUGUGGUUGUCUAUUGUCGUCGUUUUGGUUCUGUUUGCCCUUGUAAUCGCAACUGUCUUCAUUGAUAUGUGCUUUGCUGCAGCUAUGUUUCAGUUUUCUUUGAGAUAUUUGAGUGUUGUGCUUGGCGUGAUGCCCGUUGUUUGCAACACUUAAUGCGAUGGACGUUCAAUGUGGCUAGUCCCAUUGGUGUUAAGUUUAAGCUGCC